AUGGUCGCGCCCACGGCGGAGAAUUCGUCUGCGACGCUGACAGGUCGCAGCUUCCCGGAGUUCUCUGGGUGGCCCACCCUCGAGACAAGACCAGUCCGCACCCCCGCCGCUCAUGCGGCCGCCUGCGCUGGCCCACCACCCGUGCCCCCCGCGAUGCGGCUGUGGAAGAAAAAGAAAACAAGCCACCCGGCGCCGGUCGCCCAUGCGGCAUCCAGGCCACCCUUGGGCCGACUAAGGUCCUGGACGCGCCGGCGAUGGACAAUCUGGAGCUCGCGGCUCACCCCCGGCCGGCGCGAUCGAUCCGGCGAGGUGGGUAGUGGAUGGAGGCCUGCACCCUGCCCUGGACCUCCUUCCGCGAUGCCCACCGUGCUUAAAAGCGCCCGCCCCGCGGAGGGACCCAAUUCAGGGCAUGGGAAUCGGGACGCGAAGAUUGGGGAUCUUCCUGUGAUUGUGCUGGAGGGGCGCCGCGGGGAUGAUGCGGGCCGGAGGGAGGUAGGCUGGGUCGGCUUCGAACUGGCUUCUGGUGGCGUGGGCGGAUGCUAUGCAUCUGAGCGGUGUUGCCGACCGCCAAUCGAGGUGGAGACCGGGGAAUGGGGCCCGGACGGCGACGGGGCCGAGGAGGAAGGUUCUGGAAGCCGAGCACCGUCGCCCACAGGUCACAGGCCAACGCCCCAGAAUCGAGUCUCUAAGCAGAGGAGCGUGGGCCCGAAUAAUGUCAUCUCGGAGCCUCUGGAGGAAGAAGCGCCAGAUGUCGGCUGGGGCGACAUGGCACCGGAAAUUUUGGACGCCGUGAGGGCGGCCUGGCCGAGGGCAGGCGGCGGCGCCCCCUCCUCCUUCCUGAGGUCCACACGGUUGGUCAACCGCCACUGGUACGCGUGGGCGACCGCAACCACCACCGCCCUGCGGCUGUCCGCGGACGCACCCCUGCACGCCGCGGUGCGCGCCAUCAAGGGCAAGUACACGCGGCUGACCUCCCUGGACUUGGGCAAGCGCAGUGGGCACAAGGACCGCGAGAUGGCCGCCCUGUCGAUGCUGGACGGUGUGAGCGCAAUCCGGAUGAGGGGCUGCUGGGCGACGGACGAGGGACUUUCGCACUUGGUUGGCCUGACGAACUUGAGGCGGCUGGAUCUGAGCGGAUGCCCGAAGGUCACCCGGGAGGGUGUGGCCCACGUGGGGCGGAUGGCGGCCCUCGAGGAGCUUCACUUGGCGUGGAACGGCGAGGUGGUGGAUGCCUGUUUUGGCCACCUGGCGGGGCUGAAGGCUUUGGCCACGCUGGACCUGCGGGGGUGCUGCAGGAUAUCGGCGCGCGUGCUGGAGCACCUGCGCAGGGUGCCGUCCAUCUCGCACCUGGACCUGUCCGGCUGCCAGAGGGUCACCGGGCGGGCCCUGGCGUGCCUGGCGGAGCUGCCGGCCUUAAGGCACCUCGGCCUGAACCGCUGCGUGAAGCUGACGGAUUCGGACAUGGAGCACGUGGCGCGGGCCGGCGGGCUGCAGCGGCUGGAGCUGUCGGGCUGUCCGAGGAUCACGCAGGAUGGGCGGGCGAAGUUGAUGAGAGGGCUGCCGUGUGUUGGCACCGCGUGA